CCCCACAAACUUAUCCACCUCAAGGUUACCCCCCACAACCACCAACAGGAAUGAUACAACAGCAGCAGAGUAACAACACAACAGUUGUUGUGCAAAACCAACCUCAGCCUGCAGCAGUUACAACAAUGAUUCCAGUUGUCAAUGAUAACAUGGGACUGUCCAUUUUUGCAUGUCUUUGUUGUUGUUGUCCAAUUGGUAUUUUUGCCAUCAUAAAAUCAUGUGAGGUAAGAAAUCUUUACGUUGCCGGUGACUAUGCAGGUGCAAUUGCAUCAGCAGAAUCUGCGAAAAAACUGGCUGGUAUUUCUAUAGGCAUUGGAAUGUUUUUUUAUGUAGUGUCCAUAAUAAUCCACGCUAUCUAAACUAAAUGUACCAUUGUCACCCUUAAGAAUCCUACCAAGUUUUCAUGUAUUCGUUAUUAAUAAUUACUUUAAUACUUAUAAGUAAACAUCAGUUUAUAUAAUAAAAUUGUUUUCUUUUGUUGCAA